CUGAAUUUUUGGGUUGAUAUUUAUAAGAAAUUACAUGUAUCAAAUCUUAAAAAUUGAAAGAGUAAAUAUGACAUUACAAAUAUUAGAAGGGUAUAUAUGCAAAAUAACCUACGACUUCCUUUUCCUUCUUCUCGGCUCAGGUUUUCGGGUAAGCCCCCAAAAAAAAAAAAAAAAACCUCGAGAGAAGUGGGGGAAGAGAGAAAGAAAGAGGGAGGUAAGCUAAAAGCGCAAUGCUCUCACUUUAUUCCCUUCGCUUCAAAUUGGAUACUUUGCUGUACUCCGAGAAGGAGGUUGAGGAGAAAGAGUGGUGUCUGUGAAUGUCCGCUUCAUUGCUUCCCCCAUUCUCCAUCGCUCUCUUCUUCUUCCGUCUAGUGCCGAGAUUUGUGUUUCUGUGUCCAAAGUCUGAUCUUUAUUGCUCCGAGGCUAUAGAUUGAAGUCCCAUUGGCGAAAGGAGAAGUUUUUCCUUUCUUUUGAGCUUUGGUUUGGAGUGGAUGGUCAGCUCCUGUUCACUUGUUGUGUUCUGCGAUGAACCCUGGAAUGGUGUACCUUCCUCGAGGGUGCUAACCGGUUCUCUUGUUUCUGCGGCUUCUUAGUUUUCCGAUCCAUCUCUGUGGGAAGAAGUUUGGAAUCGAUCUUUUUGUCGAAUAGCACUCGAGAAAAAGGUCGGCAUUUGCUGUUCUCCGUCGUUGGGAUCCAAAUCAGGGCGAGACUCCUGAAAGCGUAUAGGUGGGGAGAGAAACCAUCUCCCUGUGGCUGCAUGAGGGAGUGCUGAAACAAUGAGAGAUGAGAACUCGAUAAAAACCAAGCUAUCAUGGUCCAAGACGCUUGUUAGAAAAUGGUUCAACAUCAAGAGCAAACCUCAGGACUUCCAUGCAGACGAUGAUGUUGUUGUUGAAAGAGAAGGUGAUGGGGAAUGGCGGACCAACUUCACAGAGAGGGAGACAUGCACAGUUAAGAAAAGCAGAACAGAACGAUUGAACAAAAAGAAUUCAGAACGAGUUCAGCGAGGAAGAUUUGAUGUUGAUGUGGAUCAAGUUGCAGAUGUUGAGGACUAUAAAAUUUUUGUCUCGACAUGGAAUGUAGGUGGGAAAUCUCCACCAAAAAAUUUGAAUCUUGAAGAAUGGAUCCAUGCUUCACCGCCGGCAGACAUUUACGUUCUGGGAUUUCAAGAGAUUGUUCCUCUCAAUGCUGGAAAUGUUCUUGGUGCAGAAGACAAUCUUCCAGCAAAGAAAUGGUUGUCACUCAUUAGAAAGACACUGAACACUCUUCCGGGCACUUGUAGUUCCGGCAACUACAGUAUACUGUCCCCUCUUCCCGAUCCGCUUGUGGAGCUAGAUGCUGAUUUUGAGGGCUCCUCAACGAGGCAAAAGAAUUUAUCAUUGCUUCACCGACGUUCAUUCCAUUCCAUGAGUCGCAGUUUAAGAAUUGAUGGUGAUAUCAUGGCAAUGCAACCAAGGCUGGAUCGCCGGUUCAGUGUUUGUGAUCGGACAAGCAUUGCAAGCAGACCAAGUAAUUUUGAUCCCAGUUUUAGAUGUGGAGGUUCAUCUGAUGAUGAGAAACUUGGGGGAGAAUCUCCUUCGACAGAUAUUUUUUCACCAAUGUCUUAUGUCUAUGGUGCUCCACAAUAUUUGGAAGAAAGGGAGAGAUCAUCCCUCCGCUCUAAUUCCAGGUAUUGCUUGGUUGCAAGUAAGCAGAUGGUUGGCAUAUUUCUAACAAUUUGGGUGAGAAGCGAAAUAAGAGGUGAUGUGAAGAACUUGAAGGUUUCCUGUGUUGGCAGAGGAUUAAUGGGUUAUCUUGGCAAUAAGGGUUCAAUAUCAAUCAGCAUGUCUUUUCACCGAACAAGCUUCUGUUUCAUCUGUAGUCAUUUGACCUCGGGACAGAAAGAGGGGGAUGAACUACGGAGGAACUCAGAUGUGAUGGAAAUUUUAAGAAAGACUAGGUUUCCUCGGGUGCACAGAGUAUGUGAUGAGAAGUCUCCUGAAACAAUUCUUGAUCAUGAUCGUAUCAUAUGGCUUGGUGAUUUAAACUACCGCAUCGCUCUUUCCUAUCAGUCAGCAAAGGCUUUAGUUGAGAUGCACAACUGGAGAGCUUUGUUGGAAAAAGAUCAGCUUCGAAUAGAGCGCAGAUGUGGCCGUGUUUUCGAGGGAUGGAAAGAAGGAAGAAUAUUUUUUCCUCCAACCUAUAAAUAUUCAAAUAACUCAGAUAGAUACGCAGGGGAUGACACACACCGAAAAGAGAAGCGGCGGACACCUGCAUGGUGUGACCGCAUUUUAUGGUGUGGAAGAGGCCUUACUCAAUUGGCUUAUCUACAUGGAGAGUCUAGAUUCUCUGAUCACAGACCUGUAUACAGCAUUUUCACUGCAGAGGUAGAAAUUACCAAUCACAACCAAGUUACGAACAUGGGUUGCUCUAGCUCUCGGAUUGAGGUGGAAGAACUCUUGCCCUACUCACAUGGUUUCACAGAGUUCAGUUUCUACUGAGGUGGCUGAAGAAAAUCAAACAGAAUCAAGGUAGUUCUAUGUCUUUUGCCAAUAAUUAGCUUCUAAAUCUUUUAGUCUCAGCAACUACCAAAGGAAGAGGUGCUUAUUCUUUAUUUAAGUCAUUCCAAUACUUGAAGCAACUGCAUUCUUUGGAGCUAUAAAUUUUUUCUGUGAAUGGCUCAAAAGAACUCAUUCCUUUCUUGAACAAAAAAUUAAAUUCGAUUGUGGCAUUUUCGUAUUUGAAUUUUAGUCUACAAUUUUAGCUAAAAUCUAUAUUGUUGUUAUCCAUGGCUUCCCAGCAACCACCAGGGAACAAUCACAUCAUAGAAGUUACCUAAAGGGGAAAAAAAGUAUUUUGUGGCUGAACAACCAGUCAAGAGACAAGUCCAAGAACUUCUUUCUGUAAUAAUUGGCAACUAACAUUACAAACUAACCAGCUUACUUCACCUUUGAAAAGCAAGCAGUUUGACAGUUCAGUAGGUUGAUCAAAGGAAGAUGCCCAAACAAAGGGAACUAUUUAAGUCUACCAAAGGACUCCUGGGGAACUUGGGACCACCCUAGAACUGCCAAAUGGGUGUUAGCAUACUUCAAAUUUUGAUUUGUAAUUGUUCUGACACAGAGUGUAAGGAAUUUUUUUUUGUAGAGUGAGAGGAUUGAGUCAAACAACUGUGUAAACAGUACUUUCUGUUUUAUAUGGUGAAAAAAGGGAAGCUGAGUUCAGAAUGCACCCAAAUGCAACACUGAUAAAGGAGUGUAGCUACUAUAUGUUCA